AUGAGUAGAGAAGAUAGAAGGUGGAGGAAAGUUUACACCAUUACUUUACAUAGGUUUACUCCAUCAGUUUAUUUCACGCCUGUGGCGGUUUCUAAGCGAGGGAAUCUUGUCUUCUAUGACAAUGAGAAGAGACUGUUCAAAUAUUAUCCACGGCCAGAUGAGUUUCGUUGUCUCUCGUUAGACACUUGUGUCAUAUCUCGUUACGUGGAGAAUUUGGUUCCGUUUCCUUUAAAGCCAAGCCAUGCGUAUCCUAAUCAGGUAAAAUCGGAUUCUAAGAAGAGGAUUUCCAUCUGCCGCGUGUUUUCGAGAAGUUGUUGGAUAACCAAAGUUUUGCAAUGGAAUGGAUUUAGGAUCUUGGAUAUUCUGUUUACCUCUCUAGUAAUAGUUGGUUAUGUUUGGUGUCCUCUCUGA